ACCACUUUUGGAUACUGUGGUAGUGGUAGCUAGUCUUCAUGAAGUGUGUUGUGUCUUUAGCAGUAGGGUCUUACUUUUAAAUUCUGGGAGGCAGCCAAAGACAAGGGCCUGUACUAUUUGGGGGAAUCUCUUGAACUCCCUUUAGCAACAGUAGAGAGGUUUCCCACACUUGGCACUGAUGUUUUUGUUAGAUAGUCUGUGUCUCUGUGGGGGACAUUAUCCCUAAGUGGUGUACCUUCAUUCAAACAUGUAUGUAUGUCUGUGUGCCUGUGUGAGUGCCAUCUUGAACUUAGACUUUAGCAUUUCAGAAUUGUCACUGUAUAUACUAGCAGAAGACUCCACUGAUAAAGGUGCUUUCUGCCACACCUGCGAACCUGAGCUGGAUUCCUGGGACGCACACGGUGGAAGUGGCAAAGCAGCCCAAACAGUUUGUCCUGUGACUCCCACGUGUGAAUUGUGAGCACACACCACACACACACACACACACACACACACACACACACAUACAUGUGAGACACGUUUGGGGCUGUUAAGAAUUGUUGAGUUCCUGGGACUCACAUGAUGGGAAGAGAGAACUAACGCUCAGAAAGUGUCCUCUUCCUUCCACCUGUGCCAUGGCUUGCCCACCCCCUGCCCCAUACAGAAAAUGGACGGUGCAUUACUAAGCUGGAGAACAUGGGGUUUCGAGUGGGACAAGGAUUGAUAGAAAGGUUUACGAAAGAUACUGCAAGGUUCAAGGAUGAAUUAGACAUCAUGAAGUUCAUAUGUAAAGAUUUUUGGACUACAGUAUUCAAGAAACAAAUUGACAAUCUAAGGACAAAUCAUCAGGGCAUAUAUGUACUUCAGGACAACAAAUUUCGACUACUUAUUCAGCUGUCUGCAGGAAAACAGUAUUUAGAACAUGCAUCCAAGUAUCUAGCAUUUACAUGUGGCUUAAUCAGAGGUGGCUUGUCAAACUUGGGAAUAAAAAGUAUAGUAACAGCUGAAGUCUCUUCAAUGCCUGCCUGCAAAUUUCAGGUGAUGAUACAGAAGCUGUAGAGUGAGGUGGCGAGUCCUGGGCAGAGCAUUGCACAUCCUGAUUUCACCUCAUCGUUGGCUAUCUUCGUUGAAGCAAAUUGUUCUCACCAGAGUCGCAAAGUCAAAUCAAAGUAGAUACAGGUCCUUUGACUGGGACAGAGACUAACUGAACUGUACAGAGUGAUUUCAAAGAACUAGACACCAAAAUGCAAGGCUCUUCAUUUUAAACAUCUUUAUUUCCAUAGAGUGAUAAGCAUUUGACUAUCAGUUGGGAAGUGAAACUCAGGGUGUGUUGAAUUGCUGUAUAAGAAAAUAUGCACCAAUCAGAAUAGUUUGUAUUCAAAUGACCAAAAUUUGUUGAACUAUAAAUCUGUUUUAGUUAUUUAAAAAAAAAAGGCACUGUGUUAAAUUAAGCUUAAUUUUUAUUAUAUUGCUUAUAAUUUAUUUCUAUUGAGAGGAUUCAUAUGCUUAUGUAAGGAUUUCAUUUAUACAUUGUGUAUAUAUGUAUAUAUAAAUACAUGCAUUACUGUCUAA